CCAUGCAUGUUCAAAGAUUGCUGUUGCUCUCUCAGCAGACCAUUGAUCGGAGCGCUGGCCGACACUUUGCCCAGAAGCCCAGCGCUGGUCCUCUCUAUCGGAUCUGGAACCGGACUUCUCGAGAAUCUCAUCCGCCAAGCUGCAGGAGAUGCAGAUCUAUAUGGCGUCGAAGUCCCGUCCUGCAAUAACAUCCAUCUGCCGGCCGACCGCGUCGUGCGUGUGUCGACUUCACUUGAACUCCACCCUGAUGCCGUCCUCGCUGGAACACUGAUAUUCUGCUAUCCGCGGACUAUCCAGCUGGUCGAUGCGUAUCUCAGGGAAUGCGUCGGCGGUGCUCUGGAGAAGGUGGUGUUCAUAUCUCACCGUGACGAGUGGCCGGCCUUUCGAGAGCUUUUC